AUGGAGACGGUCUCUGCCGAUGAAGCGACCGGUCUCAGCACCCUCGCAGCGCAGUACUUCCAAGGCGUUGAUGUGCAGAGCCUGCGGUUUCUACCUGGCCCCAUCCUGCUCAAGCCCCAGGUGCAACGCUGGAUCGAUCGGAACAUGUUCUGUGAAGACACUGUCUGGCCUCUGCCGCCGUUGAACUACCGUGGCCGGGUCCUCAAACUGCUACUGUCAAAACUUGAGGAGUCGUUCUCCGACCCCGAGGAGGAUGAGAUCUCAGACGAUCUCAUGGCGAGCUGGACCGUUCUCAUUUCUCGCCCCAAGCCGUCUCCGCUGGAGCAGAUCCAACAGUUGUCCUACGUUAGGUACACACCGCCUACGCUACGAGAUGUCCGAGAUAAGGAUUAUGUCGUCACGUUAGAAAAUCGUGAUUUGAUCCUGGCUUCAGGAACAACCGGUUUCCGAACCUGGGAUGCUUCCCUACAUCUCGGGACAUUCCUGUCCACAGAGGCUGGCAGAGAACACGUCAAUGGCAAAAACGUGCUUGAACUAGGAUCGGGAACCGGGCUGGUCUCCUUGUAUUGUCUAAAGUGCCUUGGUGCCAACAGAGUACUGGCGACAGACCGGGACCCAGCACUAAUUGCGAAUAUCCAGAAGUGUAUCUUGCAGAACAAGCUCGAUCCUAAAAGGAUCAGUGCUGGUAUCUGGGAGUGGGGUACUCCGCUAGAGUUCCAUGACAAUACGCAGGAAAAUGGACAAUGUUUCCCCAUCGACACUGCAUUGGGGUCAGACCUGGUAUGCAUGCCCGAAGCACGCUACGAUACCCGUUGA